AUGAAAAAACCACUCUCUUUGCUGCGUGUUGAGGCAGAGUAUAAAGAGCUAAUAUUUGGAGAGAAUGAAAGUGUGGUUCUUGUGACAAAUGAAGAUGGAAGUUCAGUGCUUAAGUACACUCUAAGACUACUCGAUGGAUAUUUUAAAGGGCACACAUAUGCAUUUCAGAUUAACAUUCCAUCAAACUACCCGUUUAGUCCUCCUAAAGCUGUCUGCCUAAUGAAAGUCCUUCAUCCAUCAAUCGACUCACUUGGGCGCAUCUGCUUAAAUAUAACGAGAGAAGACUGGAGUGUACAGCAAGGCCUGCAAGUGGUUCUCUUUGGUAUUUCUGCAAUGUUUUACGAUGUCCCAACAGAAGACCCGUUUAAUAAAGAAGCACAUGAAAUACUCAUGCGCAGCCCAGCAGACUUUAUAGCAGAAGCCCAGGCAGUAUAUAAUAGUAAUAUUUAG